CGGUGGUGUCAACAACAUCCAACAGCCCACAGCGCUGGUCGUCGCAACUAGUAACUAGCAAUUUUUUUCAGUUUUUGCCAAUUUAAAAUUUUAUGAUUUCUACCAAUCGAAGAAGAAAUUGAACAAAAACGCAGCCAAUUAAGAAACUAACCCACGAAAAAAGCCAAUAGACGAGAAUUUGGCAGAAAUUUUUCUUAAUUGAAAAAUAUAUUUUACAAAAAAUCAAAAGAAACAAGUGACUGCGAAAGUGUAAAUGUUUUUUGGGCAAUUCAGUUUUUUGAAAUUUCAAUAAAAAAUAUGCUCAUAAAAAUUACUUGCAUAUAUCGUUAAAAGUUAAAACGGUAUAAAAGUAACGGCCUAGGCGUGGAGAAAUAACUGCAGCCGCUUUCCAUAUACGAUGAACAUUUCUGAAAAGAAAUCCGCAAGUGUCGUGUGAAAAAGUGCUACCCAGUGUUUUCGCAAAACUGUCAAAGGACUACCCCAGCAGCCGCCACUGGAAAUGGAUUAACUGUUAAACUGAGCGCGAAGUUCAAUAUCGAACAGAGAAUAACUAACUACCACCACCACCACAGAAAGCUGUGGUGCAAUAACUCAAGUGAAAAAUUAACAGUGUUUUUAAUUUUACGCAUAACGCGCUUUUGGCCUGAAAAGUGAAUUUCAAAAAUUUGCAUUUACAAAAGGAAAAAAUAAAGUAAACUAACAAACUUUGGAAAAAAUUAAGUUGUGUGCAAUUUUUUAUGAAAAAGCACACAAGCAAAUCGACUACGAGAAAAUCCGCAUACGCAAGUGAAAAAGAAUAUUGCAAGAUGACCAGGAAAGGUUCGAGUCCACUUGGGCUCGACAUGUUGGCGGUAUCAGUAGCAGUGGCAUUUGUAUUUUUACCAUUGUUAUCACAAGCCGCUCCCCUACAAGAUGCAACUGAAAUUCAACAAUUCACAGAAGGCUGUUACUAUAAUUACAAUCACUACAAUGAAGGCGAUAGAAUAUUAACGAACGAGCCCUGCUUGAAUUGUACCUGCCACAAUAAGAUGCUCAUGUGUUAUUUGCGUGUUUGUCCGUUCACGAAGCCAAUCGGUCACGAUUGCAUUGUAGAGAAGCGUGAGGAUCAAUGCUGCCCGAUUAUCACAUGCCCCGAGGUUCCGGUUGAUAUUGCACAUCACUCACCUGAGCCAGGCACUGAACUCAGUAUUCCAGAGAAAUUUGGUUGCAGUAUUGAUAGUAAAUUCUACCCCGAGGGUGCACAAGUACCAUCGAAUCCCAAUAAGCCUUGCGAACUGUGCUAUUGCAUAAAGAAUCGCACUUCAUGUCUAAUGCAGGAAUGUACAUUACAUAUUGAUGGUUGUACACCGAUUUACAACAAAGGAUCUUGCUGCCCAGUGCGUUACAAUUGCGAUCACGAAAAUGAUAUUUUGGGACUGGAGGAUCACUCAUCAACAACAUCCACCACGACCACUGAGCGCCCAACGCCUGGCUUCAUUCUCACUACUACCAUGAUCCCGUCAGUAUCCACCGAUUGCAUACACAAUGGUGAAUUGUAUGCCGAUGGCUCAUCCAUCACUGGCAGGAGUGCCUGCGAACACUGCUACUGUAUGCGUGGAGAUAUUGUUUGUGCCGUUCAAGAAUGCGAAAUGCCAAUGCUGGCCAGCAAUGGCAAAAGCUGCCAUGCAUUACCACCCGCAGAUGGAGCAUGUUGUCCAAGCAAUUAUGUUUGCGAAGACGACUCAGCCACAACAGAACUCAUUGAGAUCACUACCUUGCCAUAUUCUAAAGAAGAGGAAGUGGUCACUGCAUCCAUCGAUAGGGAUCUGCAUGGUGCCAUACCAGAGGAGGAUCUUCAAUUACAAACACACAUUGACGACGAUGAAGAGAAAGAAGUAUCCACAGAUAAAACUGAAAUUGAACAGGAAGAACAAGCAGAAGCCACCACAGUAUCGGCUAUUAAAGAAGAGGAACAGAAACCUACAGUUGAGUUUGAAACAUUUAAACCAAGCAGAGAUGAAGCGGAAGCUACAGUUCAACCGGAAGCGCCUGAAAUACCAACCACUGUACCCUCAACAAUCAAAGUGGAUAAGGAUACAAGUGAAGAAAUUAGUGCUGAGGUUCCAGAAUCGACAGAAUCCUCUGAGGAGGCAACUACUCUCCGUCCUGGUGUCGCAAAGGAAAGUGACGAAGUAUCGACGGAAUCUAUGGAACCAAUUGAAAUUGUAUCUGACGAAAGCACAGAGAAACCGACAGAUUCCGAAGCCAGCAAAGAAGAGGAGAGUGGCGAAGGAUCAACUGAGUUUGGUGAAGCUGAAUUAUCAACUAAGAAAUCUACCGAAGUAUCCAGCGCAGAGGAGGAAGUUCCAGAUAUGCAACUACCAGCUGUUAUUCCAGGUGAAGGUGACUGCUUGGUUGGCCAUAGAACUUACGAAAACAAUACCAUUAUUCCAACGGCGGAUGAAUGUGAUAUCUCUUGCAAGUGUGUUAGCAGCAUUAUUGUCUGCCAAAAAGUGGAGUGUGAUAUUCCAUCAGAUAUUAGCAAAUGCGUUAUCGAUCAAGCUAGUUCUAGCAAAUGUUGUCCCUCAUAUAUCUGUGAACCUGGUGCAGAAGCUACUGCAGCACCCAUUGCUCAGGAAGGUGUGCAGACAACAAUUGCUUCGCUCUCAGACAUUGACAUACCUGUGGCUCCUACUGAACUGCCAAUGUCUCAUGUCAAGGAGGAAGAGGAAGCAGAAAUUGUGGGCAGCACCACAGCACCAAAGACUGACCAAUCGACAUUGAUUGCCGAUAGAGAUGAAGAAGUCGAGGAACCAGAAAAAGUCAGCGCCAUACCUACUACAGAAGGUGAAUCGGAGGAACUCUCUACUGCUCCUGCCUUGGGACCAGAAAAAACUGAAGGUUCUACAGCUGCACCCGCCAUCGACGAAACUGCAACUAUUACUCCUGGCCUUGAUGCUGAAUUUUCCGAAGAGCAAGCCACUAUUUCUCCGAUAAUCGGAGAAGUUGCAAGGGCUACAAUAGCUCCAACCAUUGGUGAAGUAGAAAAGGCAUCUGAAGUGGAAACAGAAAUAUUUGAGGAGGUUGUAAAAGCCACCACAGCUCCUGGUCUUGAAGAAGCUGAAAGGGUUACUUCUGUUCCUAAAGAGAUUGCGGAAGGCGUUGAGCAAGAGGCCGAAAUAGAAAAAUCUACUGCUAGUCCCGGCAUCGAGGAAGCGGAAAAGACCACUCUUGUACCUGAUGUAGAAAAGAUUACGACAUCUACUGAAGCCGCUGAAGUUGAGAAGGUCACAUCUGGUUCUGUCACUGAGGAAAGCGUGAAGGUUACUACACCAUCUGAUAGUGAGCAGCCUGGAGGUGUCGAAAAUGAUAUUACAACUCCUAGUGCCGACGAAAUUGAAAAUGUUCCUGGCACCGAAGAAAUUGAGAAUGUUACUGCUGCCGAGGAAAUUGAGAGGACAACUGAUGCUCCUAGCUCCGAAGAAAGCGAGGAAAGUACCGUCACUCCUGUUACCGAAGAAGAUGAAGAGAUCAUUAUCUCCGAGCCGGGAUCUGAGGAAGUUGUCACCAAUGGUCCUCUUGUUGAUGAAAGUGAGAAGAGCACAUCUGCCCCUGAUGCUGAAGAAAUUGAAAAAGGUACUGCUGCUCCAGCUAUUAAACAAGACAAGGAGAUCAGUUCUGCUCCUGUCUCGGAAGAAGGAGAAAAUAUUACUGCUUCUCCAGAUAUGCAAGAUACUGAAAAGACUACUGCGGGUCCUAGUAUCGAAGAGAGCGAUAAGGCUAGUGUUGAAGACAUUGAAAAGCCUACUUCUGCUCCUGUCGACGACGAGUCUGAUGUCCCAAAGAUUGAGGAAACAACUGGAUUUGAACAAACAACUCACAAAGAGGAAGUCGCUUUUGGUGAAGAACACGAGAGCACUGCUCUUCCUGGAACAGAAGAAGAAAUUGAAAAGGUCACACCAGGAGUAGAGGGAGAAAAUGAUAUGGUGUCUAUUUCUGAUAUUGAGGAAAUUGAAAAGACUACCUCUGCUCCUGUUUCCGAAGACAUUGAAAAAUCAACUGCUCCUCCAAGUCUUUCAGCUGUUCCUGCAAUCGAAGGAGCAACGGAAGAGUCUGCUCUGGAUACAGGAAUUUCAGAAGAAGUUGAAAAGGAAACCCCCAAAGUCCCAACUGAUAUUGAAAAAGAUGAAAAUGUUACUUUCAUUCCUCGUAUCGAUUUGAACACUGAUGUCGAAGAAGUUGAGAAAGCAACUGCCGUUCCUGAAAUCGAAGAAACUGAAGGAAGCGGUGAGGUUACUGCUGCUCCAAUUGGCGAAGAAGGUGAGAAGGUUACGAUUGCUUCUGCAGCCAAACCGGGUACUCUCGAAAUUGAGGAAGGAGAACAUGUGGAAAAGACUACUGUUGCUUCUGAAAUUGAAGAAAGCCAAGAAACUGCCACCCCUGCUCCUGCACUCGAAGAUAUCCAAAAGAUCACAGCUGCUCCUGAAGUUGAAAUGGACGAAGCUAUUGAAAAGACAACUCUUGCUCCUGAAACCGAUGCUGUGGAAAAAUCCACUGCUAUUCCUGGUGUUAUCGAUACUGAAGAGGCUACUGUUGCUCCUGGAAGCGAAGAAGGCGAGGGUGUCGAAAAGGGUACCAUUGUUUCUGGAAUCGAAAAAGAUGAAAAGGUUACUGCUGGCCCUGAUGGCAUCGAAACUGAAGUGGUUACAGCUGUUCCCGAAAUCGAAGAUGUUGAAAGUGUUAAAAAAGCUACUCCAGCUCCUGGAAUCGAAGGCGUCGAGGAGAUUACUGCUGAGAAGACCACCUCUGCGCCUGUAUUCGAAGACUUCGAGGGAACUACGGUUGCCUCUGCAGUUGAGAAAGCCCCGACUCUUCCAGAAAUUGAAGAACCUGAAAAAGUUAUUACCACUCCUGGUGUAGAAGAAAUUCAAAAAGCGACCGCCGCUCCUGAAGUCGAAGGGGAGGACGUUGUUGAGGUUAGCCUUGCUCCUGAAACCGAAAAGACUAGUGCCGCCCCUGGUGUAGAGGAAAUUCAAAAGGGUACUGCCGCUCCUGAAGUUGAAGAGGAUGAAGGUGUUGAGAAGGUCACCGUGGCUCCUGAAAUCGAAGAACUCGAAAAGUCUACUUCCGCACCUACUGAGGAAGAAAUUCAAAAGAGUACUGCCGCCCCUGAAGUCGAGGGAGAUGAAAGUGUUGAGAAGAUCACCUUAGCUCCUGAAAUCGAAGAACUCGAAAAGGUUACUGCCGCCCCUGGUGCAGUGAAAGUUCAAAAGGGUACUGCCGCUCCUGAAUUCGAAGAGGAUGAAGGUAUUGAGAAGGCCACCGUGGCUCCUGAAAUCGAAGAACUCGAAAAGGCUACUGCCGCACCUGCUGUGGAAGAAAUUCAAAACGGUACUGCCGCUCCUGAAGUCGAAGAGGAUGAAGAAGUUGAGAAGAUCACCUUAGCUCCUGAAAUCGAAGAACUCGAAAAGGUUACUGCCGCCCCUGGUGCAGAGGAAGUUCAAAAGGGUACUGCCGCUCCUGAAGUCGAAGAGGAUGAAGGUAUUGAGAAGGCCACCGUGGCUCCUGAAAUCGAAGAACUCGAAAAGGCUACUGCCGCACCUGCUGUGGAAGAAAUUCUAAAGAGUACUGCCGCUCCUGAAGUCGAGGGAGAUGAAAGUGUUGAGAAGGUCACCGUGGCUCCUGAAAUCGAAGAACUCGAAAAGGCUACUGCUGCCCCUGGUACAGAGCAAAUUCAAAAGGGUACUGCCGCUCCCGAAGUCGAAGACGAUCAAGGUAUUGAAAAGGUCACCGUGGCUCCUGAAAUCGAAGAACUCGAAAAAGCUACUGCUGCCCCUGGUACAGAGGAAAUUCAAAAGGGUACUGCCGCUACUGAAGUCGAAGUGGAUGAAGGUGUUGAGAAGGUCGUGACCCUUGCUCCUGAAAUCGAAGAACUCGAAAAGGUUACUGCCGCCCCUGGUGCAGAGGAAGUUCAAAAGGGUACUGCCGCUCCUGAAGUCGAAGAGGAUGAAGGUAUUGAGAAGGCCACCGUAGCUCCUGAAAUCGAAGAUCUCGAAAAGGCUACUGCCGCACCUGCUGUGGAAGAAAUUCUAAAGAGUACUGCCGCUCCUGAAGCCGAGGGAGAUGAAAGUGUUGAGAAGGUCACCGUGGCUCCUGAAAUCGAAGAACUCGAAAAGGCUACUGCUGCCCCUGGUACAGAGCAAAUUCAAAAGGGUACUGCCGCUCCUGAAGUCGAAGAGGAUGUAGGUGUUGAAAAGGUCACCGUGGCUCCUGAAAUCGAAGAACUCGAAAAGGCAACUGCCAGCCCUGGUGCAGAGGAAAUUCAAAAGGGUACUACCGCUCCUGAAGUCGAAGAGGAUGAAGGUGUUGAGAAGAUCUCCGUGGCUCCUGAAAUCGAAGAACUCGAAAAGGCUACUGCCGCACCUGCUGUGGAAGAAAUUCAAAAGGGUACUGUUGCCCCUGAAGUCGAAGGGGAUGAAGAUGUUGAGAAGGUCACCGUUGCUCCUGAAAUCGAAGAACUCGAAAAGGCUACUGCCGCCCCUGCUGUGGAAGAAAUUCAAAAGGGUACUGUCGCUCCUGAAGUCGAAGGGGAUGUAGAUGUUGAGAAGGUCACCGUUGCUCCUGAAAUCGAAGAACUCGAAAAGCCUACUGCCGCCCCUGCUGUGGAAGAAAUUCAAAAGGGUACUGUCGCUCCUGAAGUCGAAGGGGAUGUAGAUGUUGAGAAGGUCACCGUGGCUCCUGAAAUCGAAGAACUCGAAAAGGCUACUGCCGCCCCUGGUGUAGAGGAAAUUCAAAAGAGUACUGCCGCUCCUGAAGUCGAAGAGGAUGAAGGUGUUGAGAAGAUCUCCGUGGCUCCUGAAAUCGAAGAACUCGAAAAGGCUACUGCCGCCCCUGGUGCAGAAGAAAUUCAAAAGGGUACUGUCGCUCCUGAAGUCGAAGGGGAUGAAGAUGUUAAGAAGGUCACCGUGGCUCCUGAAAUCGAAGAACUCGAAAAGGUAACUGCCAGCCCUGAUGCAGAGGAAAUUCAAAAGAGUACUGCCGCUCCUGAAGUCCAAGAGGUUGAAGGUGUUGAGAAGGUCACCCUUGCUCCUCAAAUCGAAGAACUCGAAAAGUCUACUGCCGCACCUGGUGCAGAAGAAAUGCAAAAGGCCACUGUUGCUCCUGAAAUUGAAGGACUUAAGAAGGAUACUGCCGCUCCUGGAGUCGAAGGAGGUCAAGGUAUUGAGAAGGUCACUUUUGCUCCUGAAAUCGAAGAAUUUGAAAAGGCAACUGCCACUCCUGAAGUUGUAGAAGGUGAAGGUAUUGAGAAAGACACCCUUUCUCCUGAAACUGCAGAGUUCGAUAAGGCUACUGCCGCUCCUGGUGCCGAAGGAAUUAAAUAUAUUACUGCUGCUCCUGAAGUCGAGGGAGAUGAAAGUGUUAAGAAGGUCACCCUUGCUCCUGAAAUCGAAGAACUCGAAAAGGUUACUGCCGCUCCUGGUAUCGAGCAAAACGAAAGGGUUACUAUUACCCCACCUGCAGAGGAAACUGCUACUGUUGCUUCAUCACCAGAAGAAAUGGGAGAUGUUGAAAAGGCUACUGGAGUACCUGGUAUUGAGACCGAUAUGGUUACUUCUUCUCCUGUAUUCGAAGAAUCUCCUGUAACUCAAAGCGCCGAUGAAAUUGAAAUUCAAGAAGCAGAUCAUCAUGCUACGAGUGCUCCUGCUGAAGAAGGAAGUGAAGGAAUUACAGGCGCUCCUCGCUUGGACUUGGAUGCUGAAUCAGCUACCACUGCUCCUAUUGUGCCAGCUGUCGGAGGGGCCGAAGAAGAUAUUGGCACACAACCCCCACAAAUUAGUGACACAAAGACUACUCCAGCUCCUUUAGUAACAGCCGAUUUAGAAUCAGUGGAAGAAGGCGAAGUAUCAGUAGAAUCAGAAGAAGAGACGUCAACUGAACACAAAGUACAGCACGUAGGCGAAUUUGUUACGGAGCAUGUCGUUGAAGGUACAACAGAAGGUUCAAUUAAACCUAUAGAACCAUCUAAAAUAGACGAGUCGGAAGCAUCCGGUGAGGAAGGAGAAGAUAUAGAGGAAAUUACAAUUGAGCCUGCCUUGAAACCACAUUUCACCGGGGCAGACAUGGUUGCAAUCACUGACCAACCCGAGUCUGAAGAGGAGAACGUGACGUCGAAGCCUGGAAGCACAGAAGAAGAACAACAACCUCCAGCUAAGCCUGAAGAGGAGAAGCAACCAAGCACCGCGGCUCCUGAAGAAUCAGCUGAAUCUGAAGAAGAAAAACAAUCAGCAACUGACAAACCUGUAGGCGAAAGUGAAAAGGAGAAGCAACCAACAACAGGCAAACCUGAAAGCGAAGGAGAAGAAGAGAUGCGACCUGGCACAGCCGCUCCAGAAGGCGAAGCUGAAGAAAAAGAGCCAGCAGUGACAAUCAAAACUGAAACCGAAGCUGAAGAAGAGAAACAAACUGAAACCCCUGAAGUUGAAUCAGAAGAAGAAAGCCAAGCAGCAACAGCCAAACCUGAGGGCAAUGCCGAUGAAGAGCCACAACCUGGCCCAACUACUCCUGAAGCAGAACAUGGGGAAGAAGAACAAUCAGCUACAGUUAAGCCUUUAGAAGAAUCUGAAGAGCAGAAGCAACCUGCUUCAGCAGCCCUUGAUGCUGAGUCUGAGGAAGGAAAACAGCCAGCAACAGUUAAACCAGAGGUAGAAACCGAUGAAGAGAAACAACCAGGAAUAGCCGCCUCUGAAGACGAAACUGAAGAAGAGGAACAAACAGGAACAGUUAAACCUUUAGAAGAAUCUGACGAGCAGAAGCAGCAACCUGGCCCAACUACUCCUGAAACUGAAUCUGAAGAAGAGAAACUAUCUGGCACAGCCGUCCCUGAAGUUGACACUGAGAAAGAAACACAACCAUCAACCGGCAAACCUGAAGUCGAGGCAGAAGAAGAGAAACUACCUGGUGCAGCCGCCCCUGAAGUUGAAUCUGAGGAAGAGAAACCAGCUGGUACAUCCACCCCUCAAGUUGAAUUUGAGGAAGAGAGACUACCUAGUACAGCCGCCCCUGAGGUGGAAUCUGAGGCAGAGAAACUACCUGGAACAGCUGCUCCUGAAACGGAAUCUGAAAAAGAGAAACUGUCUGGUACAGGCGUCCCUGAGGUUGAAUCUGAGGAAAAGCAACAACCUGGAACAGCUGCUCCUGAAACUGAAUCUGAAGAAGAGAAACUACCUGGUACAGCCGCCCCUGAAGUUGAAUCUGAGGAAGAGAAACUACCUGGAACAGGCGUCGCUGAGAUUGAAUCUGAGGAAAAGCAACAACCUGGAACAGCUGCUCCUGAAACGGAAUCUGAAGAAGAUAAACUACCUGGUACAGCCGCCCCUGAAGUUGAAUCUGUGGGAGAGAAACUACCUGGAACAGCUGCCCCUGAAACUGAAUCUGAAGAAGAAAAACUACCUGUUACAGCCGUCCCUGAAGUUGAAGCUGAGGAAGAUAAAAAACCAGUAACAACCAAACCUGAGGGUGAUGCGGAUGAAGAGGCACAACCUGGCCGAAUUACUCCCGAAGCAGAAUCUGGGGAAGAAGAACAACCAGCGACAGUUAAGCCUUUGGAAGAAUCUGAAGAGCAGAAGCAACCUGCCUCAGCCGCUGCUGGAGCUGAAUCUGGGGAAGGAAAACUACCAGUAACAACCACGGAAGAAGAGAAGCAGUCCACUACAGCCAUUCCUGAAAUUGAACCCGAAGGCGAAAAACAACCUGGCACAGCCGUCCCUGCGGAUGAGUCUGAGGAAGAGGAACAACCAGUAACAGCCAAGCCAGAAGUCGAGAUAGAAGAAGAGAAGCAACUCGCAACAGCCAUUCCUGAAAUUGAAUCCGAAGGGGAAAAACAACGCGGCACAAUCGCGCCUGAAGUUGAAUUUGAAGAAGAGAAACUACCAGCAACAAUGAAGCCUGCACUUGAAACCACUCUUGUAGGUGAAUCUGAAGAAGAGAAACAGUCUGUGACAUCCAAACCUGGGUUGGAAGCCGAAGGAGAGGAAGAACCAAUAACAGCAGCACCUGAAAGAGAAUUCGAAGAAGUAGGACCUGUUGUCACAGUCAAACCAGAAGUAGAAACCGAAGAAGAGAAACAACCUGGCACAGCGACCCCUGAACUGGAAUCUGAUGGAGAAAAACAAAUACCAACAGUUAAACCCACUGGUGAAGCAGAAGAAGAGAAGCAACCUGGAACAGCUGCCCCGGAAGUUGAAUCUGAAGAAGAAAAACAACCAGCAACUGUCAAACCUGAAGGCGAGGCAGAAGGAGAGAAACAACCUGGUACAACCUCUACAUUCAAACCAGAAGAAGCAAUCGAAAUGGAGAAAGAACCUGAAAUUGCAUUCCCUGAACUUGAGUCUGAAGAAGAAAAACAGUCCACAACAGCUAAACCUGAAAGCGAUGCAGGUGAAGAAAAGAAACCUGAUAUAGCGGCUCCUGAACCAGAAUCUGAGGAAGUAAAACGGCCAGCAACUGUCAAGCCUUCGAGCGAAGUUGAAGGAGGCGAUGAACCAGCGACGCCAGCAGCUGAGUCUGAAGCAGAAGGAGACGUACAGCCAGCAACUUCGGAGAAAGACUCAAUUGGCUCUACGGAGAAGACUGAAUCUGCUGAAGAAAGUGAAGUCAGCGGAGAAGAAGAAAAGACAGGCACCGCAACCACAGUUCACCCAUUAUUCCCUCACAUUGUCACAACACUGCCAGCACCAGUGAUCGACAGUCGAAUCGACAGUGUCAAUACAACAGCACAGUCUGAAAUUGCUACAGAAACGACAACGCCAACAAAUCUCAUUAGCAGCGAUGUACUCAUUACAACACAACCAACAAUCACACAUUACCCACCUCCAGCACCAGUAUACGGACAGUAUCCAUCCUAUAACGAUGAAUACCCCGAUGAAGAUGAAUCUGAAGUAUUCGGUCCAGGCACUUGCCGUUAUGGCGGUAAACUUUACGUAUCCGCGCAGCAAAUACCACGUGAUGAUCCCUGCGAUUUCUGUUUCUGCUUCAGAAGUGAUAUUAUCUGCUUGCAACAAUCUUGCCCGCCACCAAUUGCCGGUUGUCACGAAGAACCAAUUUCGGGCUUCUGUUGUCCACGAUACGAAUGUCCCGUAUCGAUGGCAAACGUACUGAAUAUUACCACCAGUACGACAACAACGAGCACAACACUGCCGCCACAUUUCCUGCAUCACUCAUAUGGCGGAGCGGUGCAACGAAAUGGCUGCCAGAUCAAUGGCAGAUCGUACAAGGUCGGCGAGAAGAUCGAAUCGACGAGCGGCCCAUGCAUCAAUUGCACUUGCGGUGGUGAUGGAAAAAUGAAAUGUGAUCCUCAGGCGUGCGUGCCCGAACCAACGAUGCAACAAGUGAUGGCCGUCGUUGCGACUGGCAGGAAAAGAUGAAAUAAUCGCUAAGCAUAAACGCUUACGAAUAGAACACUGCAGAUAAGGAACAAACACAUACAUACAGACACUCAAACACAUUGAAAGAAUAAGUGAAUAAAGAAAAUCUGCAAUCCCGGUGCCAAAAUCACAAUGAAAUAUUAUGGAAAUAUUGACGAAGAGAAGUUGGAGGCGAAUUAGGAGGAAGGUGUGGGAAAAGAGAAAUUGUCCAAGUGAAAUAUGAGAUAGACACAACACAUACAUGCAUACAUAUCGGCGUAUGUGUUGUAUAUGUGACUCCUUUUUCUUUGAGUACACACACACACACACCCUUAUUACUUAUAUUAUAUAUAUAUAUAUGUAGGUAUAAACUAUAUUUAUAUAUAUAAAUAAUAUUUUGUUUUUCAGCAAACAACCAGUGAUAUUGUGCUGUAUACCUAGUAUAGGUGCAAUUAACAAUUUUUGUAAUUAAGGACGCACUUACUUAAGCGAAAUUUUUGUUUAUAAUUUGUAAUUGUAAAAACGAUAAACAAAAAACAAAAACUAACAUUAAUUAAUUAGUAAUUAUAAGUUUUAGUAACAUUUGUAACGUAGUUCUUUGUGCACGAACGAUCGGUGCGGCGCGACAACGCUGAAAAAAAGAUUUCUGCGUAAAAUUAAGAAAAAAAAUCAGGAGACUCUCAAGCGAAAAGAAAAUAAAAAUUAUAUAAAAAAGACACUAAGCCGCAAGUGUCGUGUGGCGCAAAUUGUGGUUGCCACAAAGAAUAACGUUAUGAACUUUAAAAGCUUUGCCAUUAACUAUAUUCGUACUGCUAAACUACCUACGCUCUAGCAACUAAUUGUAAACUAUGAUGUUUUUUACCUUUAUAAAUAUAUUAUAUAUAACUUUUACUUG